AAGAAACGUACUUUCUGACAGAAAAUGGCUGACUGGCAGUGUGGGCAUAAUUUCCCUCUGCUCCAAGCACAAUUUUAAGGCGUCCUAUGUAAGAGCAUGCACAGUUGCAUUUAGCGGUGAAACACAAUGUUUAAAAAGGCGAAAAGAGCUAACUUCCGACGGAGGAAUGACUCCGAUGAGGAAGAACAGGAGGAGGGUCGGCAGCCGCCAAUAUUGCCGACAUCGUUCGGGCCCGCCGUGGAGGAAAUCCCGUUUAUGGAGACUUCCAAUAGCGGCGUUACCGGAGCGCAGAGCAGCACGGAUAACUAUUACAGCAACGGCUUUUUGGCUAACACUAAUACUGUAAAAGCUGUAAAGAAAGAAAAGAAAGUCAAAGAGACAGCUAUCCCUAUGGCUAUGGCGCCUGGACCCACGAAAGCCAGUUUGCUGAGUUUUGUCGAUGAUGAAGCAGAAGGAUCCGAGGUGUUCAGAGUGAAGAAAUCCAACUACAGCAAGAAGAUUGUGAAGCAGCUGAAGAAAGAAUACAAGGAGGAUUUGGAGAAGUCUGGAGUCAAACAGGAAAUCAAAUCAGAUGCCCCACUUCAACCUGCGGUUGCAAUCAAGGAGGAAGUUAUAAGCAGAGCGGGAAGUGAACAGGGGGAGGAAGAAAUGGAGGUGGACAGUGCUGAUGAGCAGGCGGAAGAGGCGAAGAGUCAAGGUGGCCAGGCACAAGGUCAAGUCUCCAGGAGCAACAACGCUGGAGCAACGUUCAACACACUUUCCUCCCUUAGCAGCCUGAGACCAGGUGAGAUUCCUGAUGCGGCAUUCAUCCAUGCUGCCAGAAAGCGCCGGCAAAUGGCUAGAGAGCUUGGGGGUGAACCCCCACUGGUAGAGACAGAGACUCCCAAGAAACGUAUGGCACGAGAAGACCAAGAUGCCAGCGACGACGAAGACGAGGAAGAGAAGAGGAUCCGCUUCAGCGGAGUCAAGAACAAAAGCCAGAGACAAAAGAUCGCUGAGGAGAUAGGUAUUGAGGGCAGUGACGACGAGGCACUGGACACAGGGCAGGAUGAAGAGGUGAGCCGUUGGGAGCAGGAGCAGAUUAGGAAAGGAAUCAGCAUACCCCAGGUGCAAAGCAGCCAGCCAGAGGACAACACAGUCUACUACCAGAACAGCUACGAGAGCCAACCUUAUGGCUCCUCCUACAGCAUGCCUUUCACCUAUAGCACCGUGGCCCCACAGGCUGCCAAGCCACCUAGCCGAGCAGACAAUGGCUCUGUUCACUAUGGGACCCCUAUUAGUGAUCUAGCCCCAGUAUCCAUUGAUCUGGUAAAGAAACGCCUGCAGGAUAGGCUUAGCCAAAUGCGUGCAGGCCACGACGCAAACGCCAAGCGCUACAAACAGAUUGAAGACGACCUAGCUGCCUCUGAGAGUGCCAUACAGCAGCUGGAGGGCUCAUCCAAUGACAAUGCAGAUCAAUAUAAAUUCUUGCAAGAGAUGCGAGGGUAUGUUGGAGACUUGCUUGAGUGUUUCAGUGAAAAGGUGCCUGCUGUCCUGGAGCUGGAGGCUGCCAUGCACCAGUUACUAAGGCAACGGGCCUCACGACUUGUCCAGAGAAGACAGGAUGAUAUUAAAGAUGAAUCGUCGGAGUUUGCAAGCCUUUCAAAUAAAGCUGUCAUGGCUCCUAAUCUGGACUCAUUUGGUCGAGACCGUGCAGCAUACCAAGAGAACAGUCGUCAGAGGAGGAUAGCAGAAAGAGAAGCACGACGAACUCGGCGGCGACAAGCUAGAGAGCAGAAUGGAAAGAGGGCAGAGCAUAAAGAAGGCUUAUCAUCUGAUGAUGAGGAGACCUCUACUGACAUCACCAGCUUCAAUAUGGAGAGAGAUCGCAUCAUCAGGGAAUGUAAGAAAGUAUUUGAGGAUGUGGUGGAGGACUUUCAUUCUCUUGACUGCAUCAAAUCCCAUUUUGAAGUGUGGAGGAGAGAAUACGCCGACUGCUACAGAGAUGCUUAUAUAGGCCUCUGUCUGCCCAGACUCUUUAACCCUUUAGUCCGUCUGCAGCUGAUCACAUGGAACCCUCUCGAAACUCAGUGUGCAAAUUUCGAGUACAUGCUCUGGUUUGAGUCGCUGUUAUUUUACGGCUUUGAGGAGCACAGCAUGUUGCAGCGAGGAGAUGGGGAUAUCAGCCUGCUGCCUGCUAUUGUGGAGAAGGUCAUCCUCUCCAAACUGACAGUGUUGGCAGAGCAAGUGUGGGACCCGCUGUCAAACAGUCAGACCGCCAGGCUGGUGGGCUUCAUUCACAGACUAAUAAAAGGUUACCCCACUGUGCUGCAUGGGGACAACCGAUACACACAGGAGCUUUUAAAAACUGUUGUCUUGAGAACCAGGCGAACUCUGGAUGAAGAUGUCUUCCUUCCACUCUACCCGAAAAAUGUGUUGGAGAACAAGAACAGCAGUCCAUACCUAUUCUACCAGAGGCAGUUCUGGUCCUGUGUGAAGCUGCUGGGCAACAUCCUGCAGUGGGAUGGUAUCUUAUCCAUAUCCUCUCUAAAGGAUCUGGCGUUGGACAGCACUUUGAAUAGAUACAUCCUCUCUGCACUGCAGACCACAGACACUGGGGAGGACAAUGUCCCAAAGUGCCAGAAGGUGGUGGAGUGUUUGCCGCUGCAGUGGUUCUCUGGACUGAAGGGCCAGCAGACGUUGCCUCAGUUGGAGCCAUUCUGUCGCUACCUCACCCACCUGGCCAACUCAUUGUACCGGAGCAGUUUGGGCGGGUCUGACGUGGAACGCCGCACUGCAAAGGACCAAAUCAAAGAGCUUGUGAGGAUGCUGGGCCACAUGAAUGCCCUGGACCACAUCAUCACUGUCGCAGAGGAACAUGGCAUUAAAGACAUCAAGCCCCUUCUGGAGGCCAAGUCGUAGAGGAGGACAUCACAUCAGAAACUUUUAAGUCAUCUUUUAAAACCAUGGCAUUGCUAAAGUUGGAUGCCUGGAAAAAGUGUGCGAAAAUGGAUUUGAAAGAAACUGUUGUUAGGUUGCCUAAAA